AUUUGUUUGAACAACUCCCUAGGAACGACAAAGAAAAGUCGUCUCACAAUGAUCAUUCACUAUGAAUGAUGUUGAUUUUGAGCCUAAAGCAAUUUUCAUUUGAAAGGAUUCUUUACUUAAACUGAAACACGUAGUAACACUACUAGGAGCAGUAUUUUCAACAAGCAAAAUGGUAGUUGCGGUGGUGGUUUUUCUGGCAAUUUGCUUAUUGCAGCUCAAUCAAGCGUCCUCAUUUAGCGGUUGUGGACAGCGAAAUCCGUCGUCUCGCAUUGUUGGAGGAGAGGAAGCCAAACAAGGUUCCUGGCCCUGGCAAAUAGAGCUCCUAGUGUCACAACCAUCAGCUGACAAUGACUUGAAACCAGUCUUCUCUCAUCGUUGCGGAGGAACCUUAAUUGAUCUUCAAUGGGUGGUGACAGCUGCUCAUUGCGUUUUCAUGUACCCCGCCCCUGACCAUUAUAAAGUUGUCGUAGGACAGACACAUCGAACUGAAGUAAAGGAGCCAUACGAGAACAAAGACGUAUACGAUGUGGCAAGCGUAAGGAUCCACGAAGAAUAUAUGACUCAUGGCUACGGCUUUGAUGUUGCGCUGGUGAAACUAGCAAGACCUGUUAUUUUAGAGCCUGGAAGAGUCUGGCCAGCCUGCCUUCCUGAACAAGGAAAGCGAGUGUCUGUUGGAAAAUUAUGUUUCAUCACUGGCUGGGGCAAAACAUCGGCGAACUUGAACUCUGACUUUUCGAAAGUUCUUAAACAAGCUAAAAUGCCAGUUGUAGACUACCAGACCUGUGCUGCUGGAAAUGCCAACUUGUCUUACGCCAAAGUGAACGAUGAAACUAUGUUGUGUGCUGGUUACGGUGGAAGUAGCGUAAUCAGUGGUUGCCAUGGUGAUAGCGGGGGACCUUUCGUCUGUCGGGAGCGCAGACUUUGGGUCUUAAGAGGAGCUGUAAGCUGGGGAGACCAUCGGUGUAAAGCUGGUUCGACAUUCUCUGUUUUUACUCGGAUCAGCACAUUUGUGGAUUGGAUCUCCGCCACUAAAAUAAAACCAGAACAUGUGUCUGGCGAGUCUUGCAAUGAUGACUUGCUGCAUUGUGGAAAGUGGUCCAAGGAAAAGUUUUGUGGAAGACCAUGGUAUAGGAACUACAUGAAGUUAUUCUGUCGCAAGAGCUGCGGACACUGCUCCAAUUAAGCCUUCAGCUCUUUCAAAGGUUGCAAACAUGGAAAGGCAGAUAUUGUAUAAGGAACCUACUUUUAAAACAGUUCGUCUUGUUAGGGGCAUGGAAAAUACGUGAAGUUACAAUAAGUUACAAUAAAGUGACGCAUGACAACUACAGUAAAAUGUGAUAGACGUUUGUAGAGAGUUGUGACGUGAACCGGAAUAAAAGGCAACAAAACCUGAAGCAGCAAAAAUAAA